AUGUUUCAAAGUGCUAAUGAAACCAUUUUACGUUGUGAAUGUAUGAAUUGGUCAUCUGCUAGACGAAAUAAUAAUGAGAAUGAUCAACACCGUAUGCGUGCAGCUUCUAAGGAGUUACCAUCUCGUAUCAUUUCAUCAGUACCAGGGUUAGAAAAUUUUAGCAGUAAACCAAAUAAGCUACGCCUUAUGCCAAAAAGUCUACACCUAGAUGGUAGUUUACGUACUUAUUUGGUUCUAAGUGUUGGCCAAGGUCGUCUAUAUCUAAGUGUGAUGUGUGUUAGUUUAGCUAAGUAA